ACCGAAGCAUGCUCCAGCGCAGCCAUGACUUGCUCGGCGUCAGAUAGCGAGAAGAUCGUGAUCAACUGCGGCGGAAUCCGACACGAGACCUACCGGAGCACCCUGAAGACGCUGCCGGGGACGCGCUUGUCUUGGCUGACCGAGCCCGACGCCUACAGCAACUUCGACUACGACCCCAAGUCCGACGAGUUCUUCUUCGACCGCCACCCGGCCACCUUCGCCUUCAUCCUUAACUACUACCGUACCGGCAAGCUCCACUGCCCCAACGAUGUGUGCGGGCCGCUCUUCGAGGAGGAGCUCGCCUUCUGGGGCAUCGAUGAGACGGACGUGGAGGCGUGCUGCUGGAUGAACUACCGGCAACAUCGCGAUGCCGAGGAAGCCCUGGACAGCUUCGAGACCCCCGAGCCGGACGCACCAGAGGAUGACCCGGCGCUCACCGGCGGGGCUGACGGCGACCUGAAGCGGCUGUGCAUGCAGGAGGACGGCCGCAGGGCGACAUGGUGGGAGGUGUGGCAGCCCAAUAUGUGGGCGCUGUUCGAGGACCCCUACUCCUCCAAAUACGCCCGGUACGUGGCAUUUGGCUCACUCUUCUUCAUCCUCCUCUCCAUCUCCACUUUCUGCCUGGAGACCCACGAAGCCUUCAACACCAUCUACAACAAGACGGAGACCAUCACCGUUGGCAACACGACACAUGACGAGAUUGUGUAUGAGGUCGUCACAGAUGGCUGGCUGACAUAUGUGGAGGGCGUCUGCGUCAUUUGGUUCACCAUUGAGGUGAUGCUGCGCGUCAUCUUCUGCCCUGACAAGGCAGAGUUCUUCCGCAGCGCCCUUAACAUCAUAGACUUUGUGGCCAUUGUGCCCUUUUACCUAGAGGUGGCACUGAGCGGCCUCUCCUCCAAAACAGCCAAAGACGUGCUGAGCUUCCUGCGUGUGGUGCGCUUUGUCCGUAUCCUGCGUAUAUUCAAGCUGACCCGUCACUUUGUGGGUUUACGGGUCCUGGGCCACACUUUGCGGGCGAGCACCAAUGAGUUCCUGCUGCUCAUCAUCUUCCUGGCGCUGGGCGUCCUCAUCUUUGCUACCAUGAUCUACUACGCCGAGCGCAUCGGUGCCGACCCAGACGAUCCAACAGCCGCAGCCCAUACCAACUUCAAGAACAUCCCUAUUGGCUUCUGGUGGGCUGUGGUGACCAUGACCACGCUGGGCUACGGAGAUAUGUACCCUGAGACAUGGUCGGGAAUGUUGGUUGGUGCCCUCUGCGCCUUGGCUGGUGUGCUGACCAUUGCCAUGCCUGUGCCCGUCAUUGUCAACAACUUCGGCAUGUACUACUCCCUGGCCAUGGCCAAGCAGAAGCUCCCCAAGAAGAGGAACAAGCACAUCCCACGAGCACCACAGCCAGGCAGCCCCAACUACUGCAAGCCAGACGCCCUGGCCAUGGCAACCGCCUCACCGCACAGGCUGAUGGGCAACGUACUCGGGCCGGGCAUGGUGGGAUCUGGCAGUAUGAUGGGAACUGGAGACUGUCCACUGGCACAGGAGGAGAUCAUCGAGAUCAACCGGGCAGAUUCCAAGCAGAAUGGCGAUGCGGCAGCCAAUGCAGCAGCCCUGGCCAACGAGGACUGCCCCACCAUCGAUCAGGUCCUUGGGGACGAGCGAAGCCCAGCCACCGGGGGCCUCGGCUCCACCACCAGCCGCGAGCGCUACCCACAUGACAGGGCCUGCUUCCUGCUGAGCGCCGGGGAGUUCCAGCGCACAACGGAUGGGAACGUUCGGAAAGCCACGGGUUAUGAGAAGUCACGCAGCCUCAAUAAUAUCUCCGGGAUGACGGGCGCCCCGCUGCGCCUCACCCCCAUCACCAACUCCACCUUCGAGCCCUUCGAGCCGCCUGGCCUUAGGCGAUGUCACUCCCCCAUUCCCUCCAUCUUGUAG